AUCUCCAUUGAAGCAUGCAUCUACGUAGUAGCUGGCAUAUAUAUCCCACACUACGUACCCAUAACAAUGCCAAUUCUAUUCUUGCAAGAGCUACCCAUCUACACACUACUCCUGCUGCUUGUUCCUCCUCUGUACUACUUGUACACCAGGGCUAGUUGCACAUCAGCAGAGCUUCCCACAAACUGGCCAAUACUACACAUGUUCCCUUCCCUCGUGGCCAACCGCCACAACAUGCAUGACUAUUGCACCCGGGUCCUCGCAGGAUCCGGGCGCAACUUCAGGGCGCACGGCCCACCCGGGACUGGGAUGCGCUUCUUCCUCACGUGCGACCCUGCCAACGUCCGACACAUCUUCACGACCAACUACGCCAACUUUCCAAAGGGCGAAGAGUUCGCUGCUAUCUUCGACAUCAUGAGUGGCGGCAUCUUCACCAUUGACGGUGAGCCAGCUCGUCGGCAACGCGCAAAAAUCAAGGGUGUGUUGAGCAGUCCACAGUUCCUGGACAACACUGCUAGUUACUGCCUCCACAAGACAGAGAAGAACCUCCUCCCAUUCUUCACCGAAAUGGCGAGCGUCGGCACCCCGUUCAAUGUCCAGGAAAUUAUGUCAAGGUUUAUGUUUGACCUGGCCGCUACGUCUCUCUUUGGCGUGGACCCCGGCCUCCUAUCCUCUGACAUGCCUCCGAUGGACGCCGCACGGGCCCUGGACACGGUCAUGGAGGUAGGAUUUUUUAGGCACAUAAUGCCAACUUCUUGCUGGAAAUUGAUGAGGCGGCUAAACAUCGGCCCCGAGAGAAAGCUCAGCACGGCACACGGAGUUCUACGAAGGUUCGUUGUGGAAAUGUUGGACAGGUCGAAGAGCAACAAAUGCCAUAUUGGUAAUGAACACUUACAUGCGGAUAUUAUGUCUCCCUUCCACAACGACCCUGACUACACCAACGAUGAAUUGUCUCGUGCAUUGAUUAUCAGCUACUUGGUCGCUGCAAGGGACACAGUUGCAACAACCUUGACAUGGAUCUUCUACAAGCUUGGCCAAAACCCUAACAUCGUGUCAAACAUCCGCAAUGAACUCUCACCCAUUGCAUCAAGAAAACUAGCAUCUAGUGCAGGUGGCAUUGUGAUCUUUGAGCCCACCGAGACCAAAUCUCUAGUCUAUCUGAGAGCCGUCUUGUACGAGACUCUUAGGUUGUACCCACCAGCAGCUAUCGAGCGCAAGACGGUAGCCACCAAUGAUAUCAUGCCGAGUGGCCAUAAGGUGCAUUCUGGCGACACCAUCUUUAUUUGUAUCCAAUCCAUGGGAAGAAUGGAGGGCAUGUGGGGUAAAGACUGCCUAGACUAUAAACCAGAUAGGUGGCUCUCGGAAGAUGGCAACAAACUGAGGUACGUACCAUCUCACAAGUUCUUGGCCUUUAACUCGGGCCCAAGGCUGUGCCUCGGCAAGGAAAUUGCGGUUAUGCAGAUGAAGACUGUGAUCGCUGCAACAGUAUGGAACUUUGAUGUGCAGGUGCUGGAAGGCCAGAGUAUCGAACCCAAGUCAUCUUGCAUUCUUGAGAUGAAAAAUGGGCUCAAAAUUAAGCUAAAGAAGCGAGCCAUGUAACACUAUACUCUCUUUAUCUAUAAUCGUACUUAUGCACACCAAUACGUACAACGCUACGCCAGAAACAACUACAUUAUUACCAAAUUAUAAAGGCAUAUGUUCAUGCUAAUUUAUAUUUUAUGUUAUUAAUGAAUGUAUGUAGGUGAUAUUAUGAAUACAAUAAAUAUAUGUAUGUAAGUGAUGACAAGGAA